AUGAAAAGAUUUUUCGAAAGCGGAAGCUCAAAUACUAAAAAACAGAAAACACAGGCGAAUCGUAAAUAUGACGAUAGUUACUUACAAUUUGGAUUCGUUGUAAAAUUUGGUUCUGAGAAUUCUACUCCGUUACCUCAAUGUGUAAUUUGUCAAGAAACACUUUCGAAUCAAAGCAUGAAGCCAUCGCUACUUAAGCGCCACCAAUUAUCGAAGCAUCCAGAAACAGAAAAUAAACCUAUUGAAUUUUUUCAGAGAAAAGUUACUAUUUUCCGAAAGGAAUCGAAAUGCAUGUCUAGUUUUACGAACUUUAAUGAAAAUAUCGUUAAAGCAUCUUAUUUAGCAAGUUUAAUUAUUGCUAAAGAUGGAAAACCACACACAAUUGGGGAAACAUUAGUGUUGCCAGCAGCAAAAGAAAUCGUGCGAUGUGUUCUUGGAGACAAGGCUGCAAAAGAGAUAGAAAAAGUGUCACUUUCAAACGAUACAGUCAAAAGAAGAAUUGAUGACAUGUCGUCGAAUAUAAAAGAAAAAAUAUUGCUUUAUGUGAAAGAUUGUAAUUUCUUUGCUCUACAAAUUGAUGAGAGUACUGAUAUUGCUAACAUGGCUCAAUUAAUUGUAUUCAUACGUUUCGAUCGCAAUGAUGAAAUUAUUGAAGAGUUUUUGUUUUGUAAGCCUUUACAAACCCACACAAUAUCAGAAAUUAUUUUUACAACCAUUAAUGAAUACUUGAUUGAAAUAGAUCUGCCGUGGAGUAAAUGUGUGGGUUUUUGUUCUNAAGAUUAUUCACAGUAUUAUGUAACGAAAUGGGCAGUACUCAUAACUCUCUUCUUCUCCACACAGAGGUAAGGUGGCUUUCACGAGGAAAAGUCCUCACCAGACUAUUCGAGCUAAGGUCAGAAGUUUUAUUAAUUCUGACUGAUAUUGAUGAAGAAAAGUCCAAAUUGUUUUGUGAUGUCGAAUGGCUGUCAAGACUAGCUUACAUGGCUGACAUAUUUGACCGUUUAAAUAUUUUAAAUUUAAGUCUGCAAGGAUCAAACACAAACAUGUUUUAUACUAGUGAUAAAGUUAAUGCAUUUGUGAGAAAGUUGGAUUUAUUUAUUUCGCAAGUAUCUAAGAAUGAUCUUUCAGCAUUCGAGACACUUAACACAUUUUGGAACGAUAACGAAGUUCAGCCAAAUUCAAAUAUAAUUACAGACAUUUCGGAACACCUACAAUCACUAAAAUCCAAUGUUUUACAAUAUUUCCCUGAGGAUAACUCAGAAAUGAAAUGGAUCAUAAACCCUUUCGUAGAUGAUUAUAUUAAGAAUAUUCCAGAUGGCAUUUUGGCAAAAGAAUUAUUUAUUGACUUAACCAGUGACUCUACCCUAAAAACCGCUUUCAAUAACAAAAAUAUCACUAAUUUUUGGCUGGACGUGAAAAAAGAAUACUCGGCAUUGUCCACACAAGCUUUACAGUUUUUAAUCCCUUUUGUAUCAACAUAUCUGUGCGAAAAAACAUUUUCUGACUUAUUGUACAUAAAAAAUAAAUAUAGAAGUAGAUUAAACGUAGAAAGUGAUUUAAGACUUAAAGUUACCAAUUUGGAGCCCGAUAUUGAUGUCAUCAUUCGUUCAAAACAACACCAAUCGUCUCAUUGA